AUGAGUCACCACUCUAUUGAGCAUUCUCUACCACCAGAUAUUGUAGAGGCAGCGCUGCCUUACCUUUCUUUGGGAGAUCUGAGGAAUCUCUCUCUAACCAACAAAUACUUCCAUAAACUACUUGAUUUUAAUUCUUCAAGCACUCUAUGGCAUGAACUGUUCCGCAAGUCAUUCGGGUCACUGCAUUCCGAUACGGAACCUUUGGAGUCAAGUCAGAACUCGCAUUACAUGAGCUGUUGCGAGCUGAUAUUGAGGAAUCGAUACCCUGACGAGCCCUGGAGCAAACUGUACCAAAUAAGAUCCUUCAACACCAAAUUGUACACAUGGGGCUCACUAAAACAUGCAAGGCUGGGAUACACAACUGCCACUUAUCCUUCGUUGCCGGCAGGAGUUAUCAACAAUGCAGGGAUGAGACUUCAAUUUGGAAUAAACUCACCUGUCCAGGUGCCAUGGGAAUCUGAUAUUAGAGAAUCAGCAUCAACGUCAGACGAUAACAGCAUAGCAUCUGUAGCUGCUGGUGGAUUUUCCUUCCAAAUAUUAACUAAGUCCGGUAAACUAUACAUGACAGGUUCAACUUAUUCUGGGGGUCAUCGUGGACCCGGCCCCGUUGAAGGACAAAGCGAUUAUAACCCGUUUCAGCACUUGAUCACGCAUGCGGAGCGCAGCCUUACACUUUUCAAUGGCAGAACACCAAGACGAGGUGGUGUCUUUCCUAUUAACACCACAAGCUCGAUGCCUUUGGAGAGGCCGCACGAAAACCUUUACGCGAGUUUUGAAGAGGCCGAACGCAUUUUAGAUCAAAAACUGGCGGGAAAUAAGCAUAUAAGGCGGCUUUUCACUCGCGACAUCAUUCAAGUUGACAUGACAGGCUCUGGAGAUUUCACAGUGGACAAGGAAAACCUGGAUAAAGUCAAGUUUCAGUCGGUUUCUUCAGGAAGAUCACAUAUCUUAGCUCUUAGUGAUCAGGGUGACUUGUACUCCUGGGACGGUCCAGACGUGGAGCAGGGCAUCAGGAUUGUUUUCAAUGAACUGCCUACGAAAGAGACAAACCCUGUCAUCAAAAUAGGCUGCGGAUGGAAUUAUAAUUGUGUCUCCAUUUUUGAUGUAGGAUUGGUUGUGUGGAGCAGCCGCAACGCUUUAAAGGAAAACGAGCUUUCUACUGCCGCUAACUAUAAGGUCAUCCCCAAUACCAACGUAAUGAGCGGUGAUGAUAAAAUUGUAGAUUUUGCUUGCUGCGCAAAUAUGUGCGUUUUUUUCAUAACUGCAAAGGGGGAUGAGCUCCGGUUGUUUGCAAACGAUGCUGUGCAUAAAGUCAUUUUGCCUGUCGACGGCCGUAUCGUUAAGAUUGUUGGCUGCUACACCGUGCUAGCAAUUUUCACGGACCAUAGCUGCUACACUGUAAAUGUUUUGGAAGACCAAGUCGUGACACGUACUUUAGUCAAGCUGGAGCUGGAAGACCCAGAAGACAUGAUAGUAUCAUUAUCUACAGGUGAUUAUCAUACAGUGGCACUUACGUCAAAUGGGAAAAUUUACACUUGGGGCCUGGAAAGUGAACUAUGUGGAUGCCUUGGCUUGGGCGAUAGGGAGGAAAUUGUUCAUGGUCGACAAAUUGGAAGCAUUGAGCAUCUACGAAGCACUAGAGUAACUAAGCCCGCGCUUGUUAACAUAGGAAACGUCGACUAUACAUGUCUGGCGGUAACGGCCGCGGGAUGGCAAACAGCAGCAUUGAUUUUGACAUGA